AAGCCAGCCUGAAGGUUCAGUAUUUUCCUCUUUUCUCUCUCUAAUCUUGCGCGGUUUACCAAGGCAAAAAAAACCGGCGUCGGCGAUCAGUGGCGGAGCUGAGCUGAGUUGUCAGUUGGAGGGGAUAUUUCCGGUAAUGGGAAGCUUACGUGGCAUUUCGGUUGCCAUUUUUGCAGUUCAAGCCUUGUUAGCUUCGGUAGCUUUGGUUUCUGCUCAGGGAUCUACUAAUGGUUCUCGUUGGCAGACUCUUAGUGGGAAUGCGCCCUUUGUCAUAGCACAUGGUGGAUUUUCAGGAAUAUUUGCAGGCUCUAGUUUUGGAGCUUAUAGUUUGGCUUUACUAACUAGUGUACCUAAUGUGAUCUUCUGGUGUGAUGUGCAAUUAACAAAAGAUGCGGCUGGGAUUUGCUUCCCUGAUGUUAAGCUAGAUAAUAAUUCUGACAUUGCAACUAUUUACCAGGGUCAAGAGAAGGCUUACCUUGUUAAUGGGGUCUCUACCAAGGGAUGGUUUUCCAUUGAUUACACUCUCAAGGAUCUCGGAAAUGUCAUCUUAAAUCAAGGUGUCUAUUCUCGUCCUAGCAGGUUAGAUGGUAAUAAUUACCCAAUUAUGACCGUUCAGGAUACCUAUACUCAAUUCAAGCCACCUGGUUUUUGGUUGAAUAUUCAGCAUGAUGCAUUCUAUGCACAACAUAACUUGAGUAUGAGAAACUUUGUACUUUCUGUAACUAGAAAUGUGAAUGUAACUGUUGACUAUAUCUCAUCACCGGAGGUGGCUUUCUUGCAAAGUAUUGCACCACGUUUUCAAAACAGCACAACAAAGCUUGUCUUCCGGUUUCUAGGUCAGAACGAUGUGGAGCUGUCAACCAACCAGACUUAUGAUUCUCUCUUAAAAAAUCUCACAUUUAUCAAGACAUUUGCCUCUGGAAUCAUUGUACCCAAGUCUUAUAUAUGGCCUGUAGAUGCAAAUCUUUACUUGCUACCUUCUACUUCUGUUGUUUUAGAUGCUCACAAAGAAGGGCUAGAAGUUUUUGCAUCAGAAUUUUAUAAUGAUGUUCCAUUUAGCUUCAAUUACUCCUACGAUCCAGUUGCUGAGUAUCUUAAGUUUGUUGACAAUGGUAACUUUGCUGUUGAUGGGGUGAUAUCCGACUUCCCGAUAACUCCAUCAGCUGCUAUAGAUUGCUUUGCUCACCUAAGCAAAAAUGCUUCAAAACAAGCAGUGGACCUUUUGGUCAUCUCAAUGAAUGGAGCAAGUGGAGACUUUCCUGGUUGUACUGACUUGGCAUAUUCAAAAGCAAUUGAAGACGGCGUAGAUAUUCUUGACUGUCCUGUUCAAAUGACAAAGGAUGGAACAGCUAUUUGCUUGAGCUCUAUAAAUCUGAUAGAUAGUACAACAGUUGCUCAAUCAAGUUUUAGCAAUCUUACAACAACAAUUCCAGAGAUUAUGCAAGGCAGUGGAAUAUUUACCUUUAACCUGUCAUGGAGUGAUAUUCGAAACUUAACAUCUGUUAUAUCAAGCCCACAGUCAGCUUACCGAUUGUUUCGAAAUCCAAGGUUCAGAAAUGCUGGAAACUUCUUAACGUUAUCUGAGUUUUUAGCCACAGCAAAGAAUGCUAGCUCUCUUCAAGGUGUCUUAAUCAGCAUAGAGAAUGCUCCCUUCCUUUUAGAGCAGGGAUUUGAUGUAACUGAUGCAGUGCUUAAUGCCUUGAGCGAAGCUGGCUAUGAUAAACAGACGGCUCAGACAGUUAUGAUACAAUCCAGUAAUAGCUCUGUUCUAGUGAAGUUGAAGAGCAAAACCAACUAUAAGCUUGUCUUCAAGGUUGAUGAAGAUAUCGGUGGUGCUCAGAAUGCAACAAUUGACGACAUUAAGAGAUUUGCUAGCGCUGUAGUCAUUAGCAAGGACUCUGUCUUUCCUGAAAAUACAGCAUACGUCACUGGUGUUACCACUGUUGUACCAAGGCUACAAGCAGCUAAUCUCUCUGUUUAUGUUCAAACCUUCAGUAAUGAGUUCACAUCUCAAGCAUGGGACUUCUUCUCUGAUGCAACUGUUGAGAUCAAUUCCUACCAUGUCGGAGGCAGUAUUAAUGGUGUCAUUACAGAUUUCCCAAAGACAUCUGAUAGAUACCGAAGGAACCGAUGCUUGAACAAAGGCAAUAGUACACCUGGUUACAUGAGCCCGGUUCAGCCUGGCAGCCUUUAUCAACUAAUCACACCUGCCUACUUGCCACCAGCUGAAGCUCCAAACCCCUACCUGACUGAAGCAGAUGUUGUCGAGCCCCCUCUGCCUCCUGUUGCAGCAAAAUCCCCAACUUCCAGUCCGCCCGGUACUCCAGCAGCCCCAACAUCACCAAAUGGACAGCCUAAAUUUGCUACUUCUAUCAUUGUGCCCCUCAUGGCUGUGCUUCUCGCCAUUUUUUCACUGUUUUAAAACCGCAGAAGAGCCGGCAUGCUCUUAACCAGUUUUCCCCCUUGCUUUUUUCCUUUUUUAAUCUCAUUGCGUAGACAUCAACUAGCAGCCAAUUCUUUUACCUUUUACUUUUGUAGGUAUAUUCAUUCUUCUCACUUGUACUUUUGAAUAGCACAAAUUCUUGAAAGAUACAUGUCUUUGAUUGAUGGAUCCUUUCCCUAUUUGGUUGCUGUAAGAUGUCCUGUGAUUAUUCUUUUGAGUGAAUCAUUGUUUAUGGAUCGAAUGUUCAAAGUAUGAAUAAGAUUUUUAAAUACCAGCAAAUAUAAUUAUCUAACUAUUUUGAAAUAGAUUCGAUAAUUUUAAGUACGAUAUAAUGUCUCAAUAUAAAAUUCAUAUGACAAAACGAUAAAGAUAUGACAAAUCAAAUGAAAUGGAAGUGAUAGUU